AUUUUCCCCGCAGGAGCUUCGCCCACACCUUCGUCUUCUUCCGCUUGCAAUUAUCCUCCUCUACUCGUCAAUGGCUAUUUUAUCUGCUUCUCUCCACGCGUAUGGCCUACAGGCUUAUUGCGACAAGGAGGGAAUAAGAAUCUGGCAGGUUGAUGAAAGGGACGGGCGAGAGAACUUGGCAUCCGGCCGGUUGAGGAGGAUACUACGAAGGAAUUCGAAUCGGGCUCGAUUUACGUCCUCAUAGCCCUUGUAAUGGAUUCUCUUCCACUUCCGCUUCCUUUAAAUUCGAAUUUCUCGUCUUCUUCGCGGUGGAAGCUUCUGUCCAGAGCUCCGAGAUGUCAAAUGAUUGAUCAAACGCUCCCCUAUUCUUCUUAUUCUAAUCUUCACCUGGAGGAUCCCAAGUGGCUGGGUAGUGGGCAGCAAGUGAGCUUGAAAAGGUAUAGGAUGAAUGCAUUGGCUGCAACAAGUAGAAAUUUCAAGCAGGCAGCCAAGCUGCUGGGUUUGGACUCAAAGCUAGAAAGGAGCUUGCUUAUUCCUUUCAGGGAGAUCAAGGUUGAGUGUACAAUCCCUAAAGAUGAUGGUACGUUGGCAUCCUUCGUGGGAUUUAGGGUGCAGCAUGACAAUGCUAGAGGCCCUAUGAAAGGAGGAAUUAGAUAUCACCCUGAGGUUGACCCAGAUGAGGUGAAUGCCCUGGCACAAUUAAUGACCUGGAAGACAGCCGUAGCAAAUAUCCCAUAUGGAGGAGCAAAAGGUGGAAUAGGAUGUGCUCCGGAACAAUUGAGUGUUUCAGAGCUUGAGAGACUUACUAGGGUUUUUACACAAAAGAUACAUGACCUAAUUGGAAUUCAUACUGAUGUCCCAGCUCCAGAUAUGGGAACAAACCCACAGACAAUGGCUUGGAUACUGGAUGAAUACUCCAAAUUCCAUGGCUACUCGCCAGCAGUUGUAACUGGAAAACCCAUUGAUCUUGGUGGAUCUCUGGGUAGGGAUGCAGCUACUGGAAGGGGAGUACUUUUUGCUAUACAAGCUUUGCUUGAAGAGUAUGGGAAGUCCAUCUCGGAUCAGCGUUUUGCUAUUCAGGGUUUUGGAAAUGUGGGCUCAUGGGCUGCCCAACUUAUCAGCGAAGCUGGUGGAAAAGUUGUUGCAGUUAGCGAUGUUAGUGGGGCAGUUAAAAACGACAGUGGUCUGGAUAUUCAGAAGCUACUUAAGCACUCACUUGAGAGUCGUGGUGUUAAAGGUUUCAGUGGUGGACAUGCACUCAAUCAGAACUCAGUGUUGAUUGAAGACUGCGAUGUCCUGAUUCCAGCUGCACUUGGUGGCGUUAUAAACAGGGAAAAUGCAAAUGACAUAAGAGCUAAAUUUAUUAUUGAGGCUGCCAAUCAUCCAACAGAUCCAGAAGCUGACGAGAUUCUGUCUAAGAAAGGUGUAAUUAUUCUACCGGACAUAUUUGCCAAUUCAGGUGGCGUUACUGUGAGUUAUUUUGAGUGGGUUCAGAACAUUCAGGGAUUUAUGUGGGAUGAAGAAAAGGUGAACUCUGAGCUGAAGAACUACAUGAUCAAAGGUUUCAAAGAUGUGAAGGACAUGUGCAAGACCCAUAACUGUGAUCUGCGAAUGGGAGCCUUUACUCUUGGGAUUAAUCGGGUUGCCCGAGCAACUGUCCUUCGAGGUUGGGAAGCCUGAUUUUAUUAUUAUUAUUAUUAUUUUGGGCCUUCCUCCAAUGAGUAAAUAAGUGCAAACAGUCACAUAAUUUAUCUAAAAUUUUUGCUUCUAGAAACUUCUCUGUGUAAUUUAAUAUAUAGUCUUGUUUGAAUUCUUUCCUAUUGUAAUAGCAGUCAUCUGCUGAUGACUUACAUUUUUUCCCCUUAAAUAAAGCUUCUAAUAGUGACUAUUGUUAGGCAA